AUGAGCAAUAACGUUCUGGAAUACAAGGGUGUCCUCACCGGUGGCCACACCGGCUGGGUCACGUCGAUCUCUUGCCCCAGCAGGAGCGACGUAAACACCGUUGUAUCCGCUUCUAGAGACAAAAAGAUUUUGAUCUGGGAAGUAUACAAGGACGAAAUCGAUGGUGAAAUCGGUGUUGCGAAGAAGUCGCUUACCGGCCACUCACAGGCCAUCCAGGAUGUUACCAUGUCCUUUGAUGGUCUUUUCGCCCUUUCCGGCUCUUGGGACAACACCCUGAGGCUCUGGGAUUUGGUCAAGGCGAAGACCGUGCGUGUCUUCAACGGCCACACCAGCGACGUCUACAGCGUCGACUUCAGCCCCGACAACCGACAGAUCAUUUCCGGUAGUCGCGACAAAACCAUUAAACUGUGGAACACUGUGUCUGAGUGCAAACGCACUGUCAGCAACGCCCACAGCGACUGGGUAUCGUGCGUCCGUUUCUCGCCCAACCCGCACGAGCACGUCUUCGUCUCUGGCGGCUGGGACAAGAUCGUAAAGGUGUGGGACCUUGCUACCUGCAACCUGAAGUUCAACCUGACCGGCCACGAGGGUACUGUCGCGUGCACCUCCAUUUCUCCCGACGGUUCACUGUGCGCCUCGGGUGGCAAAGACGGUGUCGCACGCCUUUGGGACAUGAAGGAGGGCAACAGCCUGCACCUGUUGGAGGCUGGGUCUCCUAUCAACGCGCUCUGCUUCUCACCCUGCAACUACUGGCUUUGCGUCGCCACAGACAAGGUGAUCAAGAUAUGGAACCUGGAGAACAAGAACGUGCUCGCCGAAAUCGCGAGUGAAAAGCCCAAAAAGUUCGGCCUUCCCUGGUGCAUAUCGCUCUGCUGGAACCCGGACGGCACGACACUUUUCGCCGGUUCCACGGAUGGCAACAUCUAUGUCUACCAGGUGAACAAGAAUUACAACUACAUAGCCAGCUGA